UACAAAGGUAACAGGGCAGGUGCUUGUCGCCAUAUUUGUUUGUACUUCGGCAGUCUGACGAACAUCGUCAAUCUUGAAGUAAUAUUUACGGAUCAAGGAAAUCGAGAUCCAUUUUCAAAAUGGAACGAAAUGUUAGAUAUGAAGUGUUGGUUGGUGAGGAGGAACAACUUCCAGCUCAGCCAGUUGCCAUGGCGAUGGUAAUCCCUCCUCCCCCGUAUCAGGAAAAUACUGUAUCUCAGUCAGAUCCUGCUGUGUACGGGGAGACUAAGCUGCCAUCCUACGUGGAUGCCACAACUCUACCGUCCUACGAGGAGGCGGAGAGGACAAAGCAGGAGGAGAUCCAGAGGCUGGACGAAGAAGGACAGAGAGACCCUACUCAGGACCGAUUCACGGACAUGACAAUUGGAACGGAUGGCAUGUUCAUCUGUACUUUUGUCAUUGCCUUCCUGUUCAACUGGAUCGGCUUCCUCCUGUCCCUGUGUAUUUCAAACACUGUGGCAGGCCGCUGUGGUGCUUUGGCCGGCCUGGGACUCUCCAUUGUCAAGUGGGUCGCCAUUGUCAAGCACAAUAACUGGGCGCAGGACUUCGCAUCUGGGGACUCAUGGUUGUGGUGGAUCCUUGUCAUCUGCGGAUUUCUGCUGUUCAUCAGAGGUUCAAUCCAGUAUGUGCGGGUCAAAUACGAGUGGAAUCGGGUGGCUGGCCACAUCCGACAAUACCGCCUCAUUUAGAUCACUUCUGCACACAAACGGGCAUUCACGGGACGUGAUACAGGAUUUGCAGUCACAACAGUGCUUGUACCAAGGAUAGUUAUUCCAUGUAAAAAAAGAUCCUUAGAUUGAUUACAAUGAGAACAGAUAUCUAUUGUGAGUGCAGAUCCAGUGUUAAUUGAAUUGAGAAAACUAUACGCUUGAUCAAUGAUAUUAUUCAUUUUUCAAUUGAAAGCCAUUACCACAUUUGAAUGAGGGAUUGAUAGUAACUUUCAGUUGGUAAUCAUGAUAAGGUAAUCCUUGUAUAAUGUUAUUGUGUACAUGUGGUUGUUGUGUAUAGUUUUAAUUUAAGUGUGCUACACCUGAAAUAGAUACUGCCUAAAGUUGAAUGUAUACUGUCCUGAAGUUACCUUGUUUUGAUCACCUAUACAGACAUACAUUUGAUUAUGCUGUCAAGGGCAUGUGUAAUAUCUGUUUCAGUGUUUAUUGAAGGAAGUUGUGUGUCGGUGUCUAAGAAAACAUGAACAACUUUUUUCGUUAAUUCUAGACUUAAGUUUAUGAUGCCUUCAGCUACUGUAAUGGUCAGGUGGAGGUAUUUUCCAAUACUCAAUUUGUAUAGAGUAGUCUCCUGCAUUCAGCUGAAUGUGGUUCCCUGUUUCGGAGUUAAAGGGGUUUUAACGGUAUGUAUAUAUUGUUUUGAUUAUAUGAGACUUAAAUUUCUGCUUUGAAAGUAGUUGAUGCUUUCAGUGUGUUUGAAAGCUGAGAUAUUGGUCUUUCAUGGGUGUAUACAUUUGUUAUAUAUUUGUGGGAUAUUUGUAAAUACAUGAAGUGACACGCGUAGCUCUUUUUUUGCACUCAAGUCAGAAGUUUUUGUAGAAACACUUGCUUAACAAGACAAUUCAAAUGGAAUAUUCAUAAUUUUAGUCCCAUUAGGAAGAUUAACAUUGUUGUGUUGACUAGAGAUGAAAUUAAGUCCCAAAUACAGCACUUGUAUUAACGUCUUGGCAAAAUGACAAAAUAUAUGAGCCUUUUGCAGGAACAUAUAUUGUGCAAAGCAGUAUUACAUUGAAAAUUAUCCAUUUCAAGUUUGAUAUAGCUUUAUGUAUAACAAAAUACCAUUGCUUUGUAUGAAAUGUUCGAUAGAUUGUAUUAGAAUUUAGUGAAAUAGUUUUAUCAUCGAGAAUUGAACUGUCAAGAGAUGUAUGAUUAUGCGUUGACAUAGAAGAUGUAAUGCAAACUAAAUACACAAGUAUCUUUCUUUUGUGUGUUAUUUUGGAAAUGUAUUGGCUGUGAAUGUACUGUUGUCUGUGUCUUAGACCACAGCAGCUGUGACAGUUGUGUUAUUGUUGAUGCGGCUAUAAACAUUAUUCACUCACUCAAGACCACAGAAGAAAAUGGGGUCUCGAUACCAUGGGUAAAACCCACCAAGGAAUGUUCAUUCAAGUCAUAGCAAUAUUCAUGUUUUAUAGAAUUUAGGAAAUAUGAGAGGUGAAAAAAUGGUUUUUCGGUUGUUAAAAGGUUUAGUUGCUCAUGAGAGGCAACUGUGGUCCAAGUGUUCUCAUUCUGAAGACAAGUAUUUGGGUUUGUCUCGGUGCAGUGUGUGAUGCUCAUUAUUAAUGUCUACUGAUGUGCGAUGUUGAUCCAGAAAUGUUGCAAGCAGCAAAACAGUUAAUCUCCUCACUCAAAAAGAAAUUUGGGAUUAGGAACCUCAAUAUUCUCAUACAUCUGGAUCAAAAUGUUAGAAUAUGUUUCAUAUUCACAGUUGAUGUUAAAGAUAUCUCAGACAACGAUUGAAAAAAAGGAAGCAGCAUUGAUCAUACACUGGGUUUACUUAUAAGACCAUCUUUCCAAGGAAAGUUUGGUCCAUAAAUUGAUUUCAUUUACUAAAGCCUUGUUUUCUCUGAGUUAAUUACCCCCUUCUGUAGUCACUACCAUAUUCAUGCUUGGGGGGUUUAUGACAGUGGUGUUUUCUCUCAUGCUAAGGUGAACAAAGAGGCAAGAUCCUUCUCUCACUGUAGUGGGGAUUUGAUAGUGUACGAAAUAGGUUGUCAUACAAACAGGUUUGUGCUGAAAAGAAUUACACAGUAUUCUGUACAUCAAAACCACUGUUGCUAAUCUGUUUUUCCUUAUUUCACCUGAAAGAAUUUGUUUUGAAGACAGCAGAUUAUUUUUAUUCAGAGGAAUAAUAUGAAAUAAUUGGAACAGUGAUACAUUAUUAGCAAUUAGUUUUCAUUGCAACAGUUUGAGUUGACACAAAUUCAAAUCUUUUAAUUUUUUCUUAAAAUAAUUUUUUAUUCUAAAAUGCCUUUAUGUUUUGUUUCAGAUGAUUGAAAUAUUAAUUUGGAAGGUGGGUGUGGUAGUGAUGGUGUACUAUGUGCUUCAGUUUCUGUCAGUUUUGUCCAUUUCUAUCGGAGAAUAAAUAAUACUAAAAUGUU